GGUGACGACUGGCGUCCCGGAAGCGCCUCGAAGAACAGGGCCGGGGAGGAGGGGGCGGGACAGAGUCGCGCCCCGGAAGUAGCCCUGAGGGGAAGGAGGCAGGAUCGCGACUGGGCCAGUUUCUCGGGGCACGAGCUGUGGCGAAUGUCCUUAAGCCCACGCCUGAGCCUGGAACAAGCCGCUGCUCACCAUGUUCCACUUCUUCCGAAAGCCCUCUGAGCCCAAGAAGGUGCCCGUGCCGGAGAGGGAAGCUGACGGAUUCGUCCUUUUGGGUGACACAACAAGUGAGCAGAGAGCAUCACCUCGAAGUAGCCUCUCAGAAGAUGCAAAGCAGCCUUCCGAGGCAGACGUGGGAGAGCAGCCCAGUGGCAGUGCGUCGGGCCCUCCGAAGGAUGCUGAAGGCCAGACCGUGGAGAGCAGCGCCCUCGUGGUAGAGCUGCUCAGGGAUGUGCCCUUCACCCUGGCGCCCCAUGUGUUGGCGGUGCAGGGCACCAUCAGCGACCUCCCUAGCCACUUACUGACCUCUGACGUCAACGACAACUUGUCACGAUUUUUGUACGAUUUUACCCUGGAAAAUUCUGUGCUGUGUAACCCCUAAUGGGUCGGUAGGGCAGGUGCGGGCGGGCAUCUUAAUCGUCAAAUGUUCUUGUCUAAAACCUUGUCUCGCUUAGUGUUUUCAUGUGAUUAUUCAUGUUGGAGGAGCCUCAGGAAAGGUAGGAUCAGGAAUCACAGAUUCGCAUACAUAUUAAUUCUGUCACCUUAUUUUGCAAACACCGCGUUUACAUCCAGAAACACCAGGCUUGACUUUGCAAGACGAGGCUGUGAAUUCACUCUUCAACGUUUGGAAAAGCUCAGCGGGGAAAUGCUUCAGCCCAGCAGAGCCGCUGAGGCUCGGGCAUCUGUGGCCUUGCGCGUUGCCCUCACACACUAUGAGUUUGACAGAGUGGUCUGGGGAGCUCCGUGUGAACGGUCCGUCCAGAGGGAGCAGGGGCUUGUCUUCUCCCCCUUCCUCCCCCAAUGCUGGCUCCCCCCGGGGCAGGCUGGGGGCUGAGGGUCUGGGAGAGGUUGGCCCAUUGAGCCCAUCUGCCGGGCUCUGGAAUCAGCCCCUGCCUUUUCCCUUUCUCUCCCUAGCAUUUUUUUUCGAGGACUUUUCUCUGAUAACUUCCUCAUGUGAGAGAAGUCAGGAAAAGCCGAGUUUGAAUCUGGCCUCGACACUUGCUUAGCUGUGUGACCCUGGGCAGGUAGUGACAUCUCUGCCGGCCUCCGUUUUCUCAUCGUUAAGAUGGGGAUGGUAAUAGCACCUUCUUCCUAGGGUUCUCAUGAGAACGAAACAAUAUAUGCAGAGUGCUUUGCAAACAAAGUGCUGUAUAAACGCUGGCAAUCAUUGUCGGCAUCCCCUCCUACGUCCCCACAAGGCAGACGGAAACCCCCAAACGCUGGUUUUCAGCCUCAGAGCAGAGGGUUUAAAGGGUCGGUCUGUCCAAGCCUUGACUGGACAUGUUUCCCUCGGCCUCUGCUACAGCCUGACCGGCGGUGAUUAACCUGGCCAGGGCCAAGGAAGAUGCCUAAGGGUCCGCAGCACUGAGAAUGUGUCACUGACGGCGCAAAGUAAGAAAGGAAUCAGAGAACUCUUGCUCCUGGUCCCCGCCCGAGGUUGGACUGUCCAAAGGUGGGGAUUCUCCACUUGCCUGCUGCUGCUGUGAUCAGUGUUCACCAGACAGCGCUAUUCAGCAGCGGAGGGAGCGGGGGUGUCUACACUUGGUAGGAAAGGGUGGCAGGCUGGAUGUCUGUGUGUGCACAAGGGAGCGGCAUUAUUUUAUGAAUAUCUCACCCAGAAGAUGUGACUGUAAAGACCUGCUUGCUACUUAUAUCACCAGCAGAAAUGAGCAUUAUUUUUAUAACAUGUUCUUGUGUGAUCACCUUUUUUCACAUGCCCCCAAUAGAUACAUUUUUACACUUUAACCACUUUCCCUGAAUGUUUCCUCAGAUUUUGUCUAAAACACUUAUGCAUUUCAUUCGUCUCUGUUAUGUUGUAAAUUUGCUAUUAUUUGCCGAAAACUUAAUUCUGUUAAAGUAAAUAAGAAUAAAAAUAUGGAACAUCAAGA